AUGGGAAUUAAAACAAUACCUUGCUGGGUGCUUCUUUUAUGGAACCUACUUCUCUGUUCCGUAUGCUCUUCACCCACAACCAAUGAGUCGCAAUUCUAUAAUGGCUUGGAGUCAUUCAACAAUAAUCUUUUCGGUGAAAUUUUCAAAUCAUAUGGGGCCCAGAACCUUAUAUUCUCUCCCUUUUCUAUACAAACCUGUAUGGCCAUGGCCAGUUUUGGUGCUGCUGGAAAAACUGCCGUUGAUCUACAAAAAGGUCUUGGCUUUAAUGGCCAACCCUUGGAAAGUGUGGCGGACAACUUCCACUCCAUCUUGGCCAAAUAUGCCGAAAGCGACAUUUUGAAAAUAGCCAAUAAAUUCUAUAUCAUGGAUGGCUAUCAAGUGAAAGAUAACUUCAAUGAUGUAUUGACCAACAAAUUUCUCUCAAAGGCUGAAAAUAUUGACUUCCGAAAAAGCGACAGAGCUAUGGAAAUCAUCAAUAACUGGGUCAAGUCGAAAACAGAAAAUGCCAUUACAGAUCUUGUGAAACCAGGAGUUUUAAACAGCGAUACUCGUUUGUUUUUGCUCAGUGCCAUACACUUUGAUGGAAGCUGGGUACGCCCCUUUGAUCCUGAAAACACCAAAGAGGGUGACUUUUACACUGACCAAACACAUAGCAUCAAAUUGCAAAUGAUGUUCAAACGUGGACGUGCCAUAUAUGGUUGGUUUGAGGAUUUGGAAGCCUCAGCAGUACGUUUGCCCUAUGCUAAUUCCGAUCUAUCCUUACUCAUUAUACUGCCCAAUGCACGCACUGGUUUAUCGUCAUUGUUGACAAAACUUAAGUUCGUUUGUAUGCAAUAUCUAACACUACAAAUGAAACAAAGAUCGGGUUCUAUUCACAUAACACUACCAAAAUUCAAGGCUGAAUUGGAUUUGGAAUUAAAUGAAGUUCUAAGCAAGAUGGGUCUAGACAGCAUGUUCUCCAAUGCUGAUUUCAGCAAUAUGUUCGAUAGCCCUGAACAUAUUGCCAUUGGUAAAGUUCUCCACAAGGCUGUCAUUGAGGUGAAUGAGGUGGGAACCAAGGCAUCAGCUAGUACAGGCUUACAGCAUGUGGCUUAUUCUAGCCCUGUAAAAUUCACCGCUGAUCACCCAUUCUACUAUGCUAUCCCUGGCUGUUAUCGAUUAAAACGAAUUCAAACCAGUAAGGAAAAGCUAAAGUCCAGCGGAGCCGACUAUAUAAUACCCCACACCACCGAGUCUACGUACAUCACACUUAUAACAAAGAAUCCUAUGUUGAGAAUCGUCAGACUUUAA